AUGCCUCCUCAUCAGGGUGCUCGCCAGCGCGAACUGCACCGCUACUAUCAACCGUGGCUUGAGACUUUCAUCAGCACCCUCGAGGAGACUUCCAUCCCCCCACCCCAAAUCCCUCGUCGUGCUGACUCUCACUCGCACCAACCACGUUCCUCGCGGGACAAGGCCUUGACUGCCUUUGCUCAGUUGGGCUGCCUGCGCCUGAAUGCGAAAAGAGGCGUCGUCACUUUGAUCGAUUCAGAAAAACAAUUCAUCAUAGCCGAAGCUACAAAGUCCCUUUCUCUCCUCGACGAUGAUCAGCAUGUCCCUGGCGAUGAGCUGUGGUUUGGGAACUCCUUCGUCGCGCGGGCGCAAGGCGUAUCCCAGGAUGCCAUGUAUCCUGAAACAUGCACGAUCAAAGACCCGAACGGCUCUACCUUCUCCGCACCCGCCCUAAUCGUCAACGACAUAUCUCAACAUCCUGCUUACCAAACCCGUGGCUAUGCUGGCGCUGGCAUUAGCUUCUACUGUGGCGUUCCGUUGAAAACUCGCCUUGGACACGUAAUUGGUGUUUACAAUGUCACAGAUGAUAAACCGCGCGAUGGUCUUUCUCUUGAUGAACUUCGUUUUAUGGUCGACAUGUCCACCAUAGUUAUGGACCACCUCGAGGCGGUUAAGAACGAUCGUGCCCGUGCUAGGGGCGAGCGCCUUAUCCAUGGCAUUGGCACAUUUAUAGAGGGUCAGGCUACUGGCAGUGUCUAUGACUCAGAGGAGGACGAGGAGUCUGCAAGCCUACCAACUGCAGUCGGUCUACCCAGCCAUAAGGACCCAAACCAGACCUCAUCAUCAAACCCACCACGCCAAUGGAUGUCGGAAGAGGUGGUCCCAACGAUCAAGAAUUUUAAAGGAUUGGAGAUUGGCGAUGCCAAUUUCCCCGACAAUGAUCACAUGCGCUCUGCUUCCAGCCGCCCGGACCGUCGCCCGCCUCACAAUCGUACUAACAGUCAAAGAGUUGCUUCUACAAGGCGAGCCUCCGUACCUGUGCCAGACACCGAUCACUCAAACGAGCACCAAAGCAUCGACUCCCACGGAAUACAGCUCGAUCCCAAGAAAAAGGUUUUGACGGACCCCAGUCAAGUCUUUGAUCGCGCUGCAGCUAUCUUAAGAUAUUGUCUCUCUGCUGAAGGUGUGACUUUCCUUGACGCAAGUGCCGCCAAUUUAAGCCCUGGUUCUGCGGUAGCCCACGACGUCAAUUCGUACGCCACCAUGAGACACGCUAGAGGCCAGCCUAGAGCUCGUGACAGACUUCGCAAAGAAACCCGUUCUGGAGGUGAAACCACAACGGAAACAACUUCGCACGAAUCAAGCGACUCCGCCAAUGCGUCUCAAGAUUUACGUCCGAGCAACACUUCCGUCAGCUUACGCAAGGGAAGUAAAAAGUGUCAUGUCCUAGGUAUUUCUGGCAAGCUGCGUGCUCCGCAGGUCCCGGAACAGCUCUUGCGCCGCCUUGUGCGCCGCCAUCCUGAAGGGAAAUGUUACGCUUUCGACACAGCUGGCAACCUAGCAUCAAGUGAUGAGAGUUCUGAGUCUGCUUCCAUAUUAUCUGAAGUCGUGGUUGAUGUGCACGGAGCAACCCAGGUUGCUGCCAUGUUUCCUCACCGACCAAAUGCUUUGCUCAAAGCAUUUCCUGGUGCCAGAAACAUUGUGCUGCUGCCGUUAUGGGACUUUGCUAAAGAACGAUGGCACUCGAGUCUCGUGAUCUGGUCUAGGGAUCCGGCGAAGCUCAUAAAUGUUGUGGACGAUAUGGCCUACCUAAAAGCCUUUAGUAAUGCAGUCAUGAACGAAGUGAACCGCAUCAACCUUGCCCUGUCCGACAUUGCAAAGGCCACAUUUGUGGCAAGCAUUUCCCAUGAAUUACGCUCUCCACUGCACGGCAUCUUAGGAAGCAUCGAAUUUCUUCAUGACACUCCCAUGGAUGAUUUCCAGGCCACUUUGCUCGUCUCUGUCGAAACUUGUGGCAAGACUCUCCUUGAUACUGUCAAUCAUGUAUUGGACUAUGCUAAAAUAAACAACUUGGCGCAGCACAACUCUCGACAACUUGGUCAUCGUCGAAAUGAGGGUAAACCACAAGCAUCUAAUUCUGAUAGUAGCCUGACCAGCAGCUUCAAUUUAGCACAUAUCGUGGAAGAGGUGGUUGAAGCUGUAUAUGCUGGUCAAGUCUUCCGCUCGACCCAAGCCGACGUUUUGGAAGGAAGAGGUAAUCCUCGAUCCUCCAGCGAACGUGCUAUUGAAGCCCGAAAGAACUUAAAAGACAAUGAUCACUUGGCAACGUUGGCCAAAGAACGCAGUGUGAAUCUUACACUUGAUAUCAGCAAUCACCUCGAUUGGAAGGUCAAUUCUCAACCUGGUGCGAUUCGACGAGUGGUGAUGAAUAUCCUAGGUAACGCUUUAAAGUAUACCACUACAGGUAGCAUCAAUGUGUCACUCAAGCCAGAUGAAUAUCAUCGAAAAGAAGACGCUCGUGUACACGCUCUGAUCUCCGUUACAGAUACAGGCAGAGGCAUGUCUGAUGACUAUGUCCAGAACCAUGCGUUCACAGCAUUCUCUCAGGAAAAUUCUCUGUCUAGUGGUACUGGGCUCGGAUUGAGUAUUGUUCGGCAAAUCAUCGAUUCCCUGGGAGGCAGGAUUAAUCUAAAGAGCGAGAAGAAUGUCGGAACUGAAAUUGAAAUCUCACUGAGUCUACCGAAUGGGGAGGACGGUGAUAUUGACGAGCGGGGAGACAGUAUUCUCGGUCAACUGCAAACGAAGACUGACGGUCUUGAACUUACCAUACUCGAGCCGCAAAUCAAAAAAGCCGCAAAUCAAGAAAUUCCCGCACGUGGACUAUCUGAGAUGCCAACGGUCGGAGAUUCGGUCAAGCAAAUGCUGGCCAGUUGGUUCAAGAUGAAAAUUACCACAUCACCAAGCAUGCACAACAAAUCACCAAAUUUCUUCAUGUACUUGGAACCCCCUCCGAUCAGUUGGCUGAUCGAAAGUCACGGAACCCCUGGGGGCAAUGCCGAGAUUCCCGUGCUCAUUAUCUGUACCAAUGCUUUUGAAGCCGCUAGUUUGCGUUCAAAAGGUAUUCAUCACCUAACCGACAUUGGUAGAAUAAUUGAGGUAAUCCCCCAACCACUUGGCCCGCAAAAGAUGGCCAAUGCCUUGUUGCGAUGUAUGCAACGACUCAAAAUGCUUGACACACCUAGUAUCGCGCAAUCCACUGAGCAUGUCCCAAUGACAGCAGGCCAGCAGAACAUCCAUGAUACCUUGGCUAGAGCUCCACAGACCUCUUACACACGUCAAGGUCAAAUUGGCCGCGACUGGCAGCUUUCAAAGCAGGGAAGCUACGAACGAAAGCCAGAUGGUGAACUUUCUCCAAGAAAAGGGCGGACAGAUCAAACCAAUUCGGAUGCACAACUCAACGAUGAGAAACGUACCUUGCCGCAUGUCUUAGUCGUCGACGACAAUCAAAUCAACUUGAGUCUCCUUGUGGCCUUUGUGAGAAGGACCACCCAUCCCUUUGACAGUGCUACCGACGGUGCUAAAGCUUUGACGGCCUAUAAGAAGAGUGCAACUGAGGAGGGAGGUGCCAAUAGGUUCAAGUUCAUUCUGAUGGACAUCUCUAUGCCUGUGAUGGAUGGAAUCGCAUCCACAAAAGCCAUUCGACAAUUUGAGAGAGACAACAAAAUCGCACCCCCUGCCACUAUUAUUGCGUUGACCGGACUGGGCAAUGAGGAAGCUCAGCAAGACGCCUUUAGUGCUGGAUUUGACCAGUUCCUCUCAAAGCCUAUCAAAUUCAAAGAUCUGCAGAAGAUGCUCAUUUGA